AGACUAUCUGAACUUCAUGGUCUUGCUGAAGGUUUGUGUUGCCUUGCUUUUUGCAAAUGGCAUCACAAUUAUAAUUAGUUACAACUGCACUGUUGUAAUUCAAUGAUUAUUUUAUUUAUUGAGCUUAGUUUUACAAGGAAGAAGAGCAAAUGUACAGGAAGGUUGUGAGUCAGCACUAGGAUGAUGAAUGACAAAAUGGAAUGAAAAUGAGAAGUUGAUAGAUGAAUCUCUGGAAUGAAGAACUUGGGAAUGGAUCUCAUCAUUUCAAAAGAGAACAUAAUAUUAGUGGAGGCAUGAUUUAUUCAAGUGUUUUGGGAAUGGCUGCUUAUUGGUGAAUUUAUCAAACUGGCUGAAAUUUAACACUAAUUCAUAAGCUGUCACAUCGCUGCUUUUUCCCAAGGAACUAUAGCCUUAGAGUUUGUUGAAGGAAAAAUGCUUUAAGAUACCCCAAUGUUUUUUUUUCUCCCUGCAGAAUGAAAGCAUUCCAUCUAUGUGUAGAGUAACAGAAAGACUCCAGAGCACUCGCCUCAUGACUGGAAUUGUAUCUUUACAGAAAGGGAAUCACAUCUCAGAACUGAAGCUGCCUCAGAUCAUGAAGAAAAAGGCAAGCACACAUGAAGAACAUCAGAAGCACAAGACUAAGGGAGGAGAGACAGUUAUGGAGCACAUCACCAAGCAUCCGCUACAGAACAGGUGGGCCUUAUGGUUCUUCAAAAAUGACAAGAGCAAAACCUGGCAAAAUAACUUGCGGCUUGUUACCAAGUUUGAUACUGUGGAAGACUUCUGGGCGCUAUAUAGUCAUAUCCAACUAGCUAGCAAGCUGACGUCUGGCUGUGACUAUUCUCUUUUCAAAGAUGGUAUUGAACCCAUGUGGGAAGAUAACUGGAACAAGCACGGUGGUCGUUGGCUUAUCACAUUGGCCAAGCAGCAGCGGCAUACAGAACUUGACCGUUUCUGGUUAGAGACUUUGCUGUGCUUGAUUGGAGAGAUGUUCUGUGACUACAGUGAUGAUGUCUGUGGGGCAGUCAUCAAUAUUCGUGCCAAAGGGGAUAAAAUUGCCAUUUGGACCCGGGAGGCAGAGAACCGGGAUGGAGUAAUUCAUAUUGGGCGUGUGUAUAAGGAACACCUGGGCCUCUCUUCAAAAAUGGUAAUUGGUUAUCAGGCUCAUGCAGACACAGCUACCAAGAGUGGCUCCCUUAUGAAGAACAGAUUUGUUGUGUGAGCUCACUGGGCUUGAACUCAACCCUUGGCAGGAUGGCUAAAGAUGAGCUGCAUGAAGAUUUAGCAUGUAACUACUCUUCCCAUUAAAAUGUAACCAAGCAUUCUGGA